AUGGCGGAUAAAGCUCUCUUCGAUACACGACGUCCAUUUAAGAAAGCAUCUUCCAUAUCAACACUUACAGAUGUAAAUCCUACACCCAACAAGGGAUUUUCAACACCACCACAGCAGAGAUCAUCACAGAAGAAAGGAGAAAAGCAAUUUAGGAAGAGGUUGUCAUUCGCAACUCAGAGUGUAAAUGACAAUGGCCUCAUUGCAUUUGAUGGGAAGCUCUGCGGCCAUUAUUUUGUUACAAUCAGUUCGUGUGGAUGGGUACGAGACAAGACUUUUAGACUUGUGAACGACAGAUGUGUUGUUAAAGCAAAGGUUCUUCAUUCGCAGAGAAUGAGUGAGAAACCAUUACAGCCAUGGCUUAUUGUCAGCAAGGAAGGGUGCAUUUUAGCAGCCCAUUGUACCUGUAUGGCAGGCUUAGGAGAAGCAUGCACACAUGUAGCUGCAUUACUUUUUGCCAUUGAAGCCACAGUCAAAUUGAGGGAUUCCAAAACAGUUACAGAAGAGAAAGCUUACUGGCUUCUCCCAAGCUCAGUUAAAGGUGUUGGCUACAAACCAUGUCGGGAGAUUGAUUUCACCUCAGCAAAGACCAUGAAAAAGAAAAUGGACAGAAUGUUAGAUACGUGUGGUUCAUCUGUUUACACACCCUGUUACACGGCUAAGAAAGCACUCAUCCCUGAACCAACAGAACAGGAACUUUCUGUUUUAUUUAAAUCUUUGUACGACUGUCGUGACUCAAAACCAGCCUUGCUUUCGUUAAUUCCGCCAUAUUCAGAUGGGUAUAUACCAACACCAAUGGAAAAAAACUUUCCAAUUUUGUUAACAGAGUUGAGAGACGAGAGUGCAGUCCAUUUGAAUUACAGUGAACUCCUGAAAAAAUGUCAAGACAUUGAUAUACAAGUGACAGAAGAGCAAGCCAGAGUUGUGGAGACAGCUACUCGUGAGCAGGCAAAUUCAAAAAUGUGGUAUCGUUUUCGGGCUGGGAGAAUUACAGCAUCCAAAAUGAAAACUGCAUGCUGUACUGAUCCGGCCUCACCAGCACAAAGUUUAAUCAAGAGUGUCUGUUAUCCAGAAAGUUACAAAUUUUCAACAAAAGCAACUCAGUGGGGAUGUCAGCAUGAGAAAUAUGCUUUGGAUAUAUUUAUGGACAAAAUGAAACCAUUGCAUGAACAUUUCAGAAUUGAGGAUGUUGGCUUUUUCAUUAACCCUGACGUUCCUUUUAUUGGUGCAUCUCCUGAUGGGGUUGUAACAUGUGACUGUUGCGGACAGUGUGUUGUGGAAAUCAAAUGCCCAUUUUGUAAGAAAGAUACAAUGUUAGCUGAAACUAGUACCAAAAAUUUCUACCUAAAAGUGGGAGAUGAUGGUUUACUGAAACUUGACAGUAAGCAUCAGUAUUACUAUCAAGUACAAACCCAGCUAGGGGUAUGCAAACUGGAAUUGGCAUAUUUUGUUGUAUGGACAGAGAAGGAUCUGCACAUAGAACAUAUCAUGUUUGAUGAAAGAAUGUGGGAGGAAAUAUGUGAAAAGUCGAAACACAUCUUUUAUUCUGCAAUUCUGCCAGAACUUGUGGGCAAAUUUUACUCACGUCUUCCCUUCAGUGAACUUGCACAUACAGGACCUAUUUCACCCAAUGUGAAAAGUGUGGCCAAUGACGAAGAGCUAAAAUGGUGCUUUUGUGACCAGGUGGAAUCGGGCAAGAUGAUUGGAUGUGACAACCAAAAUUGUCCAUUACAAUGGUUUCAUUAUUUGUGUGUGGGUAUAAGCUGUGCACCAAAGGGGAAAUGGUACUGUCCAGACUGUAGGAAACUUCCUGAGUUUCGGUCCAAACGUGGCAAAAAAAUUACAGCAAUAUCAAAUUGAUUCAUUGAUGUAGUACAAUAACUGUGAAUUGCUUAAAUAGGUUAUUACUGUGGAUCUAACACCUGAAACACCCGUAGUAUUCAAAGGAAAAAAAACUACACGUUUGCCUUUCAUUAUUUAUUUGUAUAUCAGCUAAAACUGCAUUUAUGGAAACACAGCCUAAUGUGUAUCAGAUGAUGAAUUUAACACUUCUAGUAUUACAUACUGUCAAACUAUGUACAUAAAUGAUAUAUAUGCAAGACUGUAAAAAAAAGUGAUCUCAAAAUUACUUAAACAAUGGCUAUUUGUUUUUGUAAAAUAAAACUUUAUGAGCAUGUUUUUUUUCAUCUGUGACACAUCACAAGGUAUAUGUAUGUAAGAUGAAUGAUAUUAAAAUGACUUUAAUCAAUGGACAAUAAUACAAGUUUGUAAAAUAAACAUGUUAUGCGACACAUUGUAAGGCACUGUAUAAUUAUUAUUAGGCUCAGAAUACAUGUAUCUUUAUUAAGGUGCCCACUUUUUGUCAUCACUUGCAUUGUGUUUAUAUGUACAUGUAUAUAUAUGAGAGGGACGUAAAUGUAUGCCCAACUGAUUUGUUUGUUAAGCAAUAAAAUAUGUUUUCAAUGUAAUCUUCUUUUUUUGUAAAUGUACCUUAACAUCAUUAGGUUUAACCAAAAUAUUGCUUGUUUCCUAUUACAUUUUCCAAACAGAUAUGACACCAUAAAGGGAGGGGCAGAAUUUAGCUCAGUUGGUUGAGUGCUCACUUAAGGUGCUUGCAUUGCAGGAUCGAACCACCUCAUUGGAUCCGUUCAACUGAUUGGUUUUUUCUCGUUCCAACCAGUGCACCACAA